AUGCGGCUUCAGGCGGCGCUUUUUGUCGCUGCGUGCGUGUCGCCCGCAGCGGCCAUUUAUCCGGACGAGGUCAACCAGAUUGACUUCCACCACGCCCUCCUCGGGGCUCCCUCUUUCGACUCGACCUUCUUCCUCAAGCCUUCAUCCGCCUCGAAUGCAUCCCUCCUCUACACUAUUUCCGAAAACUCGAUUCUAGGCGCGAUCAAUCCCCGUGAUGGCGCGCUUGUUUGGAGGCAUAACAUCUCGCGACCAGCUGGCGGGGCUGGUCUUCUGCGUGGGUUGGACGGAAACAACGCUGUGGUCGGCGCCGCCGGCGACUACAUCUCGUCAUGGGGCGCCCAGGACGGGAAAUUGAUUUGGGAGACUCAAUUUGAUGGAGGUAGCGUCGCUGAUAUUGAGCUUCUCGAGAUGGAGGAUGCUACUGCGGCAUCUGGCGUUCGGGAUACCAUUGCGCUUAUUGCUGGAAAGAGCUUUGGCACCGUGAGACGCUUUGAUGGAGACUCAGGAGCGGUCAAAUGGGAAUACAUUGAUGACAGUGGUGAUGUUCCGUUCCAAGUAUCCUCUUCUCCCACCGAGAUCUUCUACAUUUCGCUCCAGUCUGGACUACUGAAGAGCUCCAAAGUCAAGAUCACCUCGCUCGACCCAGUGACCGGCCAACAAGUUAGGCAGCAUAUCUUGAACACGGAAGGAGAUAUCACUGGUCCCGAAUCUGUUCUUUUUGUUGGCGCCAACAGCGCAUCGCCGUUGAUUGCUUGGACCGAUAAAUCACAGAAGACACUCAAGGUCAAUGUCAUUGGCACCAAGCGAGUUAGCUCGGUCACUAUUGACAACACCUCUGGUGAGGAGAUUCAGGAGAUCACCGUUCACGCGCCCCACAAGCUCAGCUCCCUGCCGCAUUUCCUGGUUCAUUACAAGACAGAGUCUGGGGCAUGGGCCGAGGUCUACCACGUGGAUUUGAAGUCUGCGGUAGUGUCCAAGGCGUACCACCUGCCAUAUCUGCAGGGCCAGUCUGUCAUCGCAACGAGCAACAUUGACGCUAAUGUCUACUUCACCCGGAUUUCCGACUUGGAAGCUGUUGUUGUCUCCUCUGCGUCCCAUGGCAUCCUGGGUCGUUGGGACAUGGAUGCCCCAUCGUCCGACCGUUCCGUAGCCGCAGUCACCGAGGUCGUUUCCAAGGGCAAAUCUGUGGCUGUUCGCUCAGUCAUUCUUCGAAAGUCCGGAGACUGGCAGCUCAUUCGCAAUGGCCAGGUCGAGUGGACUCGCCCUGAAUCCCUGAUCGAUGCCGUCGCAGCUACCUGGGCCGAAGUCGAGGAGCAAGAAGAACUUGCGCACGAGUUGGAGGUCGAGGGCCAUGAAAGUCUGCUCGGUGCCUACAUCCACCGUGUCAAGCGCCAUGCGCGUGACCUUCAGCACCUGCCCCAAUGGCUCCAGGAGCUACCGCAGCGCAUAAUCAGUAGUAUCUUGGCCGAUGAAGUGACCAACUUGGAUAGCUUUGGCGUCUCCAAGCCUGUCAUCGUUGCCACUAACAGUGGCAGAGUCUACUCUCUCGACACUGGUCGCCAAGGGGCCGUGAUCUGGAGCACCCAGGCCGCAGAGAAGCCGUGGGAUGUGAAGAACAUCUACGCUCGCGCUGGUGUUGUCACAAUUGACUCGGGCGAUGGAUCCAGCGUCGUGGUCAACGCCUCUACCGGAGCAAUUGUCUCGCGUUCCGCGCAACAGGGUCCUAAGCUUCAAAGCAUUGUCAACUUCGAAGGACACGAUGGAUCUUCGCCUGUCCGACUUGGCCUCCUGGGUGUUCAAGAGGAUGGCAGCCCCGUCGCGCCAUUUGACGAUAUCACCGGGUUCUUGGUCACCACGAGCGCUGAUGGCCGGGUUCUCGGCUGGGUUGAGUCCGACAACAAGACUCCUGUGUGGGAAUUUGUUCCUCCGUCUGGCCAGAAGAUAGUCAAGGCGACUGCCCGACCGGCACAUGACCCCGUUGCAUCGAUCGGAAAGGUCCUUGGAAACCGUUCUGUUCUAUACAAGUACCUCAACUCCAACUUGGUGCUGGUGACUGCUGUCAACGAGAAGGAACACGUCGCUGGCUUUUACUUGCUGGAUGGAGUUUCUGGAAAGGUGCUGCACUCUAUCAGCCAGGCGGGCGUCGAUCCGUUGCAGCCUAUUGCGUCUGUGGUUUCUGAGAACUGGUUCGCAUACUCUUUCUUCGGAGACGUUGUGGGUGAUUCAUCCGCCAAGGGCUAUCAGCUGGCGGUUUCUGAGCUCUUCGAAUCUUCGAUCCCCAACGACCGUGGUCCCCUUGAUGCGGCUGGAAACUACUCUAGUCUGCACAGAACUGGCAACAGCCUCCCUCUUCCCCAUGUCGUCUCGCAAUCAUUCAUGAUUGCCGAGCCCAUCUCUCACAUGGCUGUUACCCAGACACGCCAGGGCAUUACCACUCGCCAGCUGCUCUGCACGCUUUCAUCCUCCAACUCGAUUGUUGCCAUUCCUCGCCCUGUGCUGGACCCCCGCCGUCCCGUCGAUCGCGACCCAACCUCUGCCGAAGCUGAAGAGGGUCUUUUCCGCUACGUCCCGUUCCUUGAUUUUGAUGGCCGGUGGUACCUCACACACUCGCGCGAUGUGACCGGCAUCAAAAAUGUUCUGUCACGCCCUACUCUGUUGGAGAGCACCAGUCUCAUCCUCGCCUAUGGCGGUGACGUCUUUGGCACCCGUGCUACCCCUAGCCAGGCAUUUGAUGUUCUUGGCAAGAGCUUCUCCAAGUUGCAGUUGGUGUUGACUGUGGUCGCACUGGCUAUUGGAGUUGCCUUCCUUGCACCGAUAACUCGGAAGAAGCAAGUUAACAUGCUUUGGAGGGCGACUUAG